AUAGAUAAGACCUUAAACAAGAUAAACAGAUUUUGACUAUAACAUUAUAUUUCAUUAUAUUAUUGUCAUAAACUCAAUACUUAUGUGAGUAUCAUGAUGUAUCAUACAAAACUAUAAUUAUUGAAGUCGUUAAUUUUCGUGCAAAAGUACCAUUAAAAAGUAAAUGACCAUUGACCAAUAGCUGGCUCAUCAUAACAUGUCAGAUUCGCCAAGGCUCAAAGGAUUAAAUACUUCAAAUGCCGGAAAGUCCUCGCCGGCUCGAGAAGUGGAUGUUUAUGCUGGUCUGCCUGCUCAAGGACACAGCGGUAAUCUUACUGGCAACCGCCGUAUAUUGAAAGAUACCGCUGCAGAUAUUUUUAAUCGUAUGCAGCAAUGGAAAGUUCAUCAAGACAGAGGGUGUGUUGUGAUAUCGAAUAUAUUUAAUUUGAGAAUGGAAAUGUUAGGCAUACAAUUUCCAGAUCAGCUUGGUAGUUUAGUGAAAGAACUAAAAAAUUUAUGUGAGCUAAUGUUUGACAUUGUUGAAGGGCUCAAAAUUAAACUUAAGAAUCUUACAGCCAUAUCAGCUUUAGAAAAAGGCAAUUCGACUCCUCUUUUCAUAUCAUGGACAACAGAACAUUUUUGCAAAGUAACUGAAAAAAUAUUAAGAGCUUAUCAAAAAGAACAAAAACUUCAUCAAAGUCUUCUAUUGAGAAUAGCAGAUAGCAUGGAUCCUGAUAUUCUGUUAUUUUAUCUUUCUUGUUGGACAUAUCAGCCAUAUUUAGAUCAUUCCAUUGAAAAAGAAUUACAUUGUAUGAUUAAAGAGACUAGACAUAUAUAAGUUAAUUUAACAAUAAAUUAAGCUAAAAUGGUAAAAUGGU